AUGAUUGAGACCCAACUUGCUCAAAUUGCCCAACAAGUAAGCAACACCACUUCCCCCUCUACUAAAUUCCCAAGCCAACCCGUGAUUCACGAGCAUGCCAAGGCCAUUACUUUGAGAUCCGGAGAAAAUUAUGAGGGGCCUAAUAUGCCUAAUGAGGUGAAUGAAAGCCCGAAAGUUGAGAAAAAGGGGAGCGAAGGGGAGGUUGAAAAGCUUCUUGAAGAGGUAAUAGUGGAGGAUGAAAGUGAUGUUGUACCGAGCCAAGAGAAAGAAGUUCAUGAGCAACGCAACGAGGCUAGUCAAGCGACACCCAAGGCUUAUGUGCCUCCGGUUCCUUUUCCUCAAAGGUUAGCUAAGAAACAACUCAAUGAUAAAUUCAUCAAGUUCUUGGAAGUCAUGAAAGGACUUCAAGUGCAUAUCCCUUUCCUCCAAGCCAUGUCUCAAAUGCCCACUUAUGCCAAGUUUCUUAAGGAGCUCCUCUCCAAAAGACCAAGCUCGAGGAAAAUUGGGGACUUGGAGCCUAAGAGGGCCUUUGCGGAUUUGGGGGCGAGUGUGAGUUUGAUGCCCUUGUCCAUAGCUAAGCAACUUAAUUUUGAACUCAAGCCUACAAUGAGAGUCAUUCAACUCGUCGAUAGAUCGGUGAAGAUCCCGAUUGGAGAGUUGGAGGAUAUUCCGGUCCAAGUUGGAAGGGUCUUCAUCCGUUGUGACUUUGUGGUUAUGGAGAUGGAGAAAGACUCCCAAGUUCCUCUUAUACUUUGGAGGCCUUUUCUUAAAACGACUGGGGUUCUUGUUGAUAUGAAACGUGAUGUGCUUACAUUAAGGGUAGGAGAUGAGAGCAUGGACUUUGCUUUCAAGCAAUCAAUGAAGUCUCCAAUCAUGGAAGAAGUGAAGAGGAUAGAUAGUUUGAUGAGGAGGUCUUGA